GAAGUGAAUCUCGUCAUCAUGGCAAGAACCAAACAGACCGCUCGUAAGUCCACCGGUGGAAAAGCCCCGAGGAAGCAGCUCGCUACUAAAGCCGCCCGUAAAAGCGCCCCCGCCACCGGUGGCGUCAAGAAGCCUCAUCGUUACAGGCCCGGUACCGUGGCGCUGAGAGAGAUCCGCCGUUAUCAGAAGUCCACUGAACUGCUGAUUCGCAAACUGCCUUUCCAGCGUCUGGUGAGAGAAAUCGCUCAGGAUUUCAAGACGGAUCUGCGCUUCCAGAGCUCCGCCGUCAUGGCCCUGCAGGAGUCCAGCGAGGCUUAUUUGGUCGGUCUGUUCGAGGACACCAACUUGUGUGCCAUCCAUGCCAAGAGGGUCACCAUCAUGCCCAAAGAUAUUCAGCUGGCACGCCGCAUUCGUGGAGAGCGCGCUUAAAUCCACAGCGGCGUCAUUCACAUCAACACCAAAGGCUCUUUUAAGAGCCACUACAGUUGCACUCAACGAGUCUAUUUCCAGUUCUUAUUCAGUUUAUUAUUAAUAUUCGAGGCGAAAUAGUUUCAAAUUCUACCAAACACAAAACAA